AUGCCUCCCAAGGACAAGUACACCGACCCUGAGCUUCGCGAUGAAGUCAAGGAGGAAAUCCACAACAGCGACAAGGGCGGCGCACCAGGCCAAUGGUCGGCAAGAAAGGCUCAGAUGAUGGCUUCCGAAUACAAGAAACGCGGUGGUGGUUACACAACCGACAAGAAAGACCAAGACGAGUCGCAACAACACCUCUCCAAGUGGGGAGAAGAAGAAUGGCAAACCAAAGACGGCUCCGCCAAUGCAAAGAACGAAGACGGCACCCAGCAACGCUACCUCCCCAAGAAGGCCUGGGAGAACAUGAGUGAGGAGGAAAAGAAAGAAACCGACGACAAGAAGCAAGCCGCCAGCAAAGAGGGCAAGCAACACGUCGAAAACACCGACAAGGCAAAAGAGAGCAGAAAGCAAGCCAAUGAGGAAGAGGACGAGAAGUACGAGAAGAAGAAGGCAGAUGAGAAGAAGGAGGGUGACGAAAAGGAAGAGGCUCAGGCUGGUGACAAGCGCACUCGCUCUUCCGAGUCUGCAUCGCCGUCGAAGAAGCAGAAGCAGAAUGAUGGUGCUGCUAAAGAGACAUCUUCGCCCUCAAAGUCAAAGUCCAACGGCAAUGAGAAGGAGGAAGAUGACAAGGACGACUCCAAAUCCUCCUCGAAUGACAAGUCUUCCAAGAACGACUCUUCAGAUUCCAAGUCCAACGACUCACACGGCAAGCCAGCAUCCAAGGAUCGCCUUCCCAAGAAGGACCAAGAAGUUUACUGGAAGACACUAGGAAACUGGACAAAAGGCACUGUCGUCGAGGUCGCGUACGAGGAGAAAGAGGUUGACGGCAAGAAGGUCAAGGCAUCGGAGGAGGAUCCCAGAAUCGUGCUCAAGAGCGAGUCUUCUGGAAAGGUCGCCGUGCACAAGCCUGACGCUGUGUUCUUCGAGUAG